AUGAUCUCUGAGAAGACCCAGAGGCAGGAAAGCAACAGCAAAGUAGGGUUCAUCACUGGAGGAAAGAUACCAGCAAGUACAGCCCUAAGUGACCUUCGACCUCUGACCCCGCGCCUUGCACAGCGCUUCCUGCGCAGCUUUUCACCCCCGCCUCUCCGGCCAAGGGCUGGUCCAAGGGGUGUGGGCGUGGCUCUGGGGCUGACGCAAAAACGAAAGCUGCGGAUCUAUAUUUCUAAUACAUUCAGUCCCAGCAAAGCAGAAGGUGAUAAUGCAGGAAACGCAGGGACCCCCGGGGGAACCCCAGCAGGGGACAAGGUGGCUUCCUGGGAACUCCGAGUGGAGGGAAAACUGCUGGAUGAUCCUAGCAAACAGAAGAGGAAGUUUUCUUCAUUCUUUAAGAGCCUCGUCAUUGAGCUGGACAAGGAACUGUACGGGCCUGACAACCACCUGGUGGAGUGGCACCGGAUGCCCACCACCCAGGAGACUGAUGGCUUCCAGGUGAAACGGCCUGGAGACCUCAACGUCAAGUGCACCCUCCUGCUCAUGCUGGAUCAUCAGCCUCCCCAGUACAAGUUGGACCCCCGACUGGCAAGGCUGCUAGGGGUGCACACACAGACCAGGGCCGCCAUCAUGCAGGCCCUGUGGCUUUAUAUCAAACACAACCAGCUGCAGGACGGGCACGAGCGGGAGUACAUCAAUUGCAACCGUUACUUUCGCCAGAUCUUCAGUUGUGGCCGACUUCGUUUCUCGGAGAUUCCCAUGAAGCUGGCUGGAUUGCUGCAGCAUCCAGACCCCAUUGUCAUCAACCACGUCAUUAGCGUAGACCCUAAUGACCAGAAGAAGACAGCGUGUUAUGACAUUGAUGUGGAGGUAGACGACCCACUCAAGGCCCAGAUGAGCAAUUUUCUGGCCUCCACCACCAAUCAACAGGAGAUUGCCUCCCUUGAUGUCAAGAUCCAUGAGACCAUUGAGUCCAUCAACCAGCUGAAGACCCAGAGGGAUUUCAUGCUCAGCUUUAGCACUGACCCUCAGGACUUCAUCCAGGAGUGGCUCCGAUCUCAGCGCCGAGAUCUGAAGAUCAUCACUGAUGUGAUUGGGAAUCCUGAGGAAGAGAGACGAGCUGCUUUCUACCACCAGCCCUGGGCCCAGGAAGCAGUGGGGAGGCACAUCUUUGCCAAGGUGCAGCAGCGAAGGCAAGAACUGGAACAGGUGCUGGGAAUCCGCCUGACCUAACUGCUCAGGGACCCCCACCCCCCCCACCACCUCCACCUGGAAGGGGACCACCCUCUGGGGCCACAGACACAUAGGCUAAGGAUGGGGUGAAGGGUGUCUGCUGUCACCCUGUGUUCCCCGGCUGUAGUUUCGUAAAUGUAGUGAUAGGAUUCCUUGUUGCUUGGUCCCCGAAGCCUUAUAUUUACUUUACACUUCGGCUUUAAAUGGGUUCAGAACAGAUGCCUCCUCUGCUCCCUGCAGGCAGGCAGGCCCAAGUAGGUCCGCUGGAGGCUGUAGUUUGACAUUGCAAUGGAGACUUCAGAACCAGGCCCGCCAGCUUUGCUUGUUUACAGACCCCCUCGGAGCUGGCAUCAGUGCUGGCUCCGAGGAGCUGGGUGAGGAAGAGGGGCACAGCUCACACUCUUCCUGGCCUUUCUAAACCAAAGUUCUUUGCCAUUCCUACCAGCGCAGUCUUGUUGCUGGUUUUUUCCUUUCCUUUGGGUAUUUGCACUAUUUGGGAAGCAGGUUUUUCUAUGCGGGAGCCACUUUUUUUGUACAGGGGUAAGUUGGGGUUUUCAGGGAGCCCUGUUUGGUGCCUCCUUCCUUAUCUUCUUUCCUCAAUCUAUGCAAGCGGCUCUGGCCGCCAUCAUCUCCUGGGAUGCCAGAGGGCGGCCACCCCAGCUCUUGGGCCCAGGGUGGUAGAGCCUCCUUGGAGGGGACUCCAGUUCUCUGGCAUGGCCUGAGGUACGGGUGUGCGUGAGCGGUGGAGGGGGAGGUGGGGAGAACCGCUGUUGCCCUUUGGAACUCGGUAGGGAGGGCGGACCCCAGGGCUUGGCAGGUGCCACUUCUGGCAGGUU